AUGAGGCAUGUGAGGCACAAAAGAGAUCCUACAAAGUAUUGCAAAUACCAUAAGGACAUUGGGCACACAACCGACACAUGCUGUCAGUUGAAAGAUGAGAUAGAAAGUCUCAUCGCUCGGGGCCACUUCAAGCAGUAUGUGAAGAGACAAGGCAAUGGACACAACCAGCCCAGUCUACCUAACAACCCAAACAACCAGGGGUUACAACCUCCUCCUGUUGAAGGAGAGGACAUCCUGUCGGCGUUUUCCCUGGAACCUUUCAAGAAGGUAAAAAUUGGAGAACCUCCAAUAAUAUUCACAGAGGAAGAUGAGAUAAACGUGAGAUAUCCUCACGUUGAUCCAUUGGUGAUUACCAUUCAGCUCACCAAUAAAAGGAUAAAGAGGGUGUUAAUAGAUAACGGAAGCUCAGUAAACAUCCUUUAUAAGGAAAUGUUGAGGAUGAUGGGGCUCAAAAAAGCCAAAUUGAGGCCUUGUAUGGUAAAUCUUUACAGCUUCAUUGGUGACAGUAUUGCCAGUCUAGGCAUAAUCGAGCUCGCAUUGACCUUCGGUGAGGCACCCCUAUGCGCCACAUUUAUGCAAGACUUUUUAGUUGUUGACCUGCCAUCGGCUUACAAUAUAUUGUUAGGUCGUCUAGCAUUGAUCGGACUACGGGGUCAGUUCGAUGAAGCAUUUAUCCUUGAUAUUUCAAACACCAGAGGGUGUGGGAGUGGUGCUAGCUCGGGACUGCUAUCGCAUAGAGCUAUAACAUAG